AUGAAGCUUUUUGAAUCGGUACAUUCAUUCGAAUAUCCUUGGGAUCAAGUGACCGCCGCAAACUGGCAGAAAUACCCAAACGAACAUGCAUCUCACGUAGUCUCUGUGGAUAUUUUGAGUAGAGAAAUAGACGUCGAAAGACAAACAUUGAGAACUGAAAGACUUAUUGCCUGCAAGCAAGCCAUUCCUUCUUGGCUCAGAUUCAUAGUGGGUGGCGAAGAACACAGUUACGUUAGGGAGAUCAGUGAAGUAGAUCUUAUUAACAAGACCUUAGUGCUUAAGUCUUCAAACUUGACUAUGAAUCAUUUAUUGCUUGUCAAUGAAACUGUGGUGUAUAAGCCAGAUGUAGAAUACCCAAACUUGAGAACGUCAUUUUCGCAAGAAGCGGAAAUCACUGCCUUCGGAUCCAUAACCAGAAUAUGCGACAAGUUGGAAGAUUGGUCAGUUGAGAGAUUCGGCCAGAACGCCAAAAUCGGGAAGGUUGGCUUUGAAGAUGUUUUAAAGGUGUUAAACGAAAAGUGGAAUGAGAGUGGAGUGUUUGUUUCUGAGGUGAGCGAGUCGAUAAUCAAGGAUUUGAACCAAGUCACCGAUAAGACCAGUGAUGUCUUGAAGGAAGUUACGAAGUUGGGCAAUGCAUUUAGGGAUUGA